UAUACUCGUGGUGUAGGGUAUUAUAUGGUCGGCCAUUCCCGACUAUACUUUCUUACUUGUAUUUAAAUAAAAUAUAUAUGUAUUAUAAAUAUUUUCAAUAUGUAUAAGAGUAUUUGUUUAAGAAUCUGUUUUUCGAAAAAUGCAUUUCCACAUAAAAAGCUUUCAAAUACAGGUUAAUAUGUAAAAACCGAUUAAUUUUUAGUUCAUUUUCGAAUAAUUCAAAAUGUGCAUUAGUUAGUUCUUGGUUAACGGAAAUGACUAUAGUCAUCAGUCUGGCAACAUUAUAAAGUGAUUGACACUAUUGUGAAUAGAAACAAUUAAAAUCAAACAGCUGUUCAAUGUAAACAAAAAAUAAAACAACACGAAUACAAAGAACACAAAAAAUUAAACGGAACAUUUCUCUAUUUUAAAUAAUCGUAAAGUAAACAACAAUGAUAAAAUCUCCCCAACAAAUGAUUACACCAACUUUACAUCAGCCGCUGCACUCCAAAGUCACCAAUUAUCUAAACGAUCAACGACGGCAGGGACAAUUCUGCGAUCUAAUACUUGAACUAGAAAGUGGUGAUUCAAUUUAUGGUCACUUUUGUGUGGUGGCUGCACAAAGUCGUUUUAUAGGAGGCUCUCAUUUUCAACAGAAAACUCUACAGUUCUCCAUACACAAUCCUUUAAAGGUGACAAUUAAGAAUUUCCAAUGUACCGAAUGUUUACAGACUAUAGGUGAUUUUUUCUAUGAGGAUAUGGUCACCAUUAUUAAGGAACAUGAAACACAUUUUAAACAAUUAGCCAAAAUACUAGUAGUGGGAGAAUUGAUGAAAAUAUUUCAAAUACCUGAGGAAUCAAAUGAAGUUAUAGAAAUUACUAAGGGUGAAUGCAGUGAAAUUGCGGAGGACCUUAUGAAAGUAGAAGAUGAACAAGAUGUUAAACAAGUGGAAGGAGAAAUAAAUGGUGAAACAACAUUUACUAAAACUCAAAACAUAUUCGAUGAAAAGAAAACUUAUUUUAAGUUAAAAAAUCCACGAUCCUCUUCGUCGAAUAGUAAAAUAAACUAUUGUUUAGCUUGUGACUUUAAAUGCUAUCGCGUCCAUGAGAUGAUAACACAUAUGCGCAAUUGUGAAGCUUCCCAUUUGACUUGUUCUCUGUGUGAAGUGGGCUUUUUAAGCUGGCGCGAGUAUGAUUUCCAUUUGCGGCGCCAUGAUGCCGAUGUGAAAAAACCUUUUUUCUGUUUAGAAUGUGGUAUACGUUUCAUGACCAAAGCCGCUCUCACACUACACCACCCCAAACACUCCAAGGAAACACCACAUUUGUGUCCCCAUUGUGGUAAGGGUUUCAAAUGGAAACAGGGACUUAGUACUCAUCUUCAGGUUCACAAUGCUGAGAAGCGAAUGCUUUGCGAUGUCUGUGGUUACAGCACUACACACAUGAAGGCACUUAAAUCCCAUAAGCUAAGACAUGCCGCGGAGUUUUUUAAAUGUCCCCAUCCUGGUUGUCAUCAUCAAGCAAAUCGCAAAGAAAAUCUUAAACUUCACAUCGAAACCCAUAAACAAGAGCGACCAUUUGUGUGCGAGAUUUGCGGUUGUAAAUUUAGUUUGUCGAAAAAUCUCAAACGUCAUGCCAUGAAACAUUCCUCAGAUAAUAUUAGUAAAUUUAAAUGUCAACUAUGUUCCUUUAGCAGUCAUCGUUCCGAUAAACUAAAAGAACAUGUACAACGUGUGCAUACCGAGAAGGCCAUGCAAUUAGAAUUGCCGGAAAUAGUUGAAAAUGCUUUCGAAUCAAAAACCGAUUUAGAUGAAUUUACUUUGCCCAGUUUACCCUCUGAUAUGGAUUCACAAAAAUCAGAUGAAGAUCUUAAAAUAGCAACUAAGGAAAACCCUCGCGAAGGGUAGUCAUCUUGACGCGAUGCGAGGGCUUAUGUGUGUUGACUCAUGCAGGCUGUGCUGGUAGGGUCACCCAUGCCAGAAGGGCUCAUGACGAGCACAUACUAAGAACUACCCAUCCCACGACUGGUAGCGUCUGUUUCUCCCCGAUGGGGCGGCUAUCAGUCCUCGCAUUUGUC